AUGAGGGAACUCUGGGAAGGAAGCGGUCUGACUGUUGACACACUACAGAAAAUCGGGGAGGUCAAAUUUGAGUUUGUGGGCAGCACUGAGAUUUUCCAUGUCCAUAUAUUCCGAGCAGAUACCUUCAAUGGAGAACCAGCUGAAAGUGAAGAAAUGCGUCCCCAGUGGUUUCCCCUGGAGAAGAUCCCCUUUGACAGCAUGUGGCCAGAUGACAGCAUUUGGUUCCCCCUCUUCCUGCAGAAGAAGAAAUUUCAAGGAUACUUCAAGUUUGAGGGUCAUGACAAAAUCCUGAGCCACACUCUACAGGAAGUGGAAGAUAUAUGAAAAUAGGAAGAGCAAUACCUGACUUU